GCCAUUUUAAUUAUACAUACCCUGCACGUGAAAGCGAACGCAUGCUUGAUGAAUUUAUACGAAACGGACUAAUGAGAGAAUAGUGUAAAUUUUUAAGAACAAUUUAAAUAAAGAUCUAUUAAUCUAUAUUAAAUCGUUUAUAUAAAAUUAUGCUUUAAAGAUGGUAAGACAUAACAAUCAAUUACCGGAUAAUCUUCCGCAACUACAGAAUCUUAUCAAACGUGAUCCAGAGUCUUAUAAAGAAGAGUUUCUUCAACAAUAUCUGCAUUAUAAAUCUACUGUAGAAGUCUUCCGUUUGGAACCCACACAAUUUAACAAAAAUCUUGAUGAAUUGGUAACUUUCUUGGCUCAGGUAGCCCAUUGUUAUCCAGACGAUCUAAAAACAUAUCCUCAAGAAAUUGUUGAUAUAUUACAAACUCAUAAUAUCAUAUUAGACAAUGAAAUGCGUAUGACAUUUUGUAAAGCGUUGAUUCAGCUACGCAACAAAUCACUUUUAGAACCCACUGCACUACUCAGUUUAUUUUUUGAACUCUUAAAAUGUCAAGACAAAGCUUUAAGACAAUUUCUCAAAAUGCAUAUAGUCACAGAUGUGAAAAAUGUCAAUGCAAAACAUAAAAAUGCUAAAGUUAACACAGCGUUACAAAAUUUUAUGUUUUCAAUGUUAAAAGAUCCUAAUGCCAAAGCUGUGAAAAUGUCUGUAGACAUUAUGAUAGAAUUAUAUAACAAAAAUGUUUGGAAUGACAUCAAGACUGUUAAUGUUAUAGCAACAGGUUGCUUUUCUAAAAUAACAAAAGUAGCAGUUGCUAGUUUGAAAUUUUUUUUGGGAACUGAUCCAGAAGAGAAAGGUAGUGAUGAUAGUGAUUCAGAUGAUGAGCCAAAUAUGAAGGAAAUUAUGAUGGCUAAUAAAGUAAAUAAAAAAACAAAAAAACGACAGAAGCAGUUACAGAAAGCUAAACAAUUAUAUGUAAAAGCAAAAAAGAAGAAAUCUAAGGCACCUCAAUAUAAUUUUUCGGCAUUACAUUUAAUUCACGAUCCUCAGGAUUUUGCUGAAAAGUUGUUCAAGCAGAUAGAAAAGAAAAAUGACAGAUUUGAAGUUAAGCUUAUGACUUUAGACGUUAUCUCUAGACUCAUUGGCUUGCAUAAUUUAUUUCUCUUGAAUUUUUAUCCAUAUAUACAAAGAUUUCUUCAACCUCAUCAACGAGAGGUGACCAAACUCUUACAGUUUAUAGCACAAGCUUCCCAUGAAUUGGUACCACCUGAUGUGUUGGAACCUGUUUUACAAACUUUAGUGAAUAAUUUUAUAACAGAACGAAAUUCUGCGGACGUGAUGGCUAUAGGCUUAAACACUGUGCGCGAAAUAUGUACACGAUGUCCAUUGGCCAUGAAUGAGGCUCUACUUGAAGAUUUGGUACGAUACAAACAGUAUAAGGAACGUUCCGUUAUGAUGGCAGCACGUUCUUUAAUUGGAAUAUUCAGACGUAUAAUGCCUGAUUUAUUGCGUAAAAAAGAUAGAGGCCGUCCUACAGAAGCCAAUGUUAUGAUAAAAUCUUCAAAAUAUGGCCAAAUUCAGGCAAGUGAGUUCAUAGCAGGAGCAGAAGUUUUGUCUGAUCAACAUACUGAGAGUGACACUGAAGAAACUGAUAGUGAUACAGAAGAUGAUGACGAAUGGAUUGAUAUAAGCCAAAGUGAGGAAGAAAUCAGCGACGAUGAGUCGACAGCAAAGGAUAUAAAUGAAACAGUAAAAUCUUCCAUUGACGAAAAUGACGAUGAUAAGAAUUCAUCCUGUAGCGAGAACAACAGUACAAAGAAUAUCUGUGAAACAAAUAGCAAGGAACGAGAAAUGGACGAAGUUCCACAAAAGAAAAUUAAUUUAAAGAAACAAUUGAAGAAGGCACAGAAAUUAGAAAUGAAGGAAAAACACAAGUCAGAACGAAAUGAAGAAUUAACAGCCGAAAGGAAAACGAAAGCGUCUUUGAUUUCUACUGAUCGAUUGCUCACAGAUAAAGAUUUUAGAAAAAUUGAUAUCGCAUUAGCAAAGCAAGAAGUAACAUAUGCUAAACGCGGCUCUAAAAGGACACACGAUCAAAUUGAGACCAAUCAAGAUGGAGAAUUGGUAAAACUGAGUGAUAUUGAAAAUAUAUAUAAAAAACGCAAGCAUGACAAGGCUGCUCGGCAGAAAUCUGUGAAAAAGGGGCAAGAACAAAGAGAUAAGUUUGGUUUUAAAGAUCGACGACAAAAUGCAAUGUGCAGUAGAACAAAUCGCGAAAAAAAAGGAAAAGCAUUCUUAAUGCUGAAACAUAAAUUAAAAGGGAAAGUAAAACGAUCUUUUAGAGAGAAACAGAUAGCUCUAAAAAAUCAUCUGUUAAAACAAAGAAAAAUGAAAUAAUUAAUACACA